AUGGGUGUAAACGCCUUCGAGAGCCUCAACUGUCCUCGAAUACCGCCAGACGUCUACGCCAAAGUCAAAGCUAUUACUAUCAUCGCUCUCCAGACGGUCUUCACCCACGUCACCGUACCCUUUGAGAUUUCAGGCAAAGCUGACUACGGUGACAUCGACAUCCUCGUCUCCGCUCCCUCCGGAGACCCCACCGACCUCACAUUCACCACGUUUCCCUUCCAACCCGUCAUCGAAACCAUCAAACAUGCCCUCAAGGCGCCUUACGGCCGCCGCGGCUUCCCAACCCCAGAUGCAUGUAUUUCGCCAUUCGCAUGCCUCCUAGCUCAUCAGUCUCUUGCCUCGAUGAAGACGGGAUGGCGGGAAAGAGCAAGAAUCCUGGGUCCAAGUCGACGUCAAGAUUGGCUGGGGAGUAUGGUGUGGGUUACCAGCGAUCCUUGGAUGGUGUGUAGGCUGUUGAGUUUGGGGAGGAGGGUAGUGGAUGGGGGCUUUGAGAGUAAUGAGGAGAGGCGCUUCCCGGACUUCAAGCUUAAUGUAGCGCGAGAUAAGGAUCUCCAGUUUUGGACAGCGCGCACCCGAGCAGCCAUUUGGCAGAAGGUAUUCACCUUAUUUCCGCACGUUGCAGCACAGUACUACACCAAGCGCUCUAAGCAUGUCAACGGAGUGGAAGAGCGCAGACUACGAGACCUGAUCACAGCCGCUAUCCCCACCGGCAUUAACGGCUAGCGUGACGACUGUCAGCUCCCGCGCAUUACUAUCUUUGCCAUCGAUAUGGG